AUGGCAGCCACCGGCGCCUCGUCGACACCCCACCGAUCGGAUCGCCCAGCGCCGUGCCGUGCUCCGCGGCCGAGGCCAUCCCACUGCCAAUCUCCGGCCGCCUCUGGGCGCUGCCGAGCGCUGCCGGGCGUCGAUCGUCGUGCCUGCCGAGAAGAGGGCUUGACGGGGCAUUUUGUCGGGAGGGCCAGCUACUCUGAUCGCUGGCGCGGGAGAAUCGGCGUUCGUCGGCGGCUGGUGGGGAGUGGCGCGGGGAAGGGGUUGGCCAGUCGGGUUGGACGCGGGGGGCCUGGGAGCGGCGGCGGGGAUGAGGCGGAUGCGGAGCCCGCGCCAAAGAAUGGGGACGCGCCGGCGGAGGGGGGCCAGAGGAGAGGAUUGAAAAAGGCGCCGGGGGCUGAUGGGCCCAGGUCCCCGAAGCGGCCGCCGUGGCUGGUGAUGUGCGUCCUGCGCACGGUGGCCUUCUGCGUAGUGGCGGCCGGCCGCCUCUGGCGUGCGCUGCUCAAGAUCACGCGCCUCUCUCGGCUGGAGGCGAUCAUGAUCUUCACCGUUUCGUUGAUCCUGUACGCGUACGCCGUCAGGGAGAGGCCCCCUGAGAUCCUGUACUCGGACUUCGUGUCCCUGAUGGACAAGGGCGCCAUCCAGGCCGUGGCAUUCGAGGAGGACUCUGACCGGAUGCACCUGACCCUGAAACCGGAGGUGGUGGAGCGCCUGGUGGCCGAGCAGCAGGCAGCCACUUCGCAAAGUGAGGCAAAGGGCCAGGUGAAAGGCAAGGCCCAGGUACAGGCAAUGGCAGGGGCCCCUGGCGAGGCUGGCCAAUCCCGGCCUGUCAUGAAGCCGAAAAUCCCCCGUUCAGUCACGGUGAGGAACAUACCUGGCAACACUGUGCUGGCGGGCAGCCUGAGGACUGCUGGGGUGAGGUUCGGCGUGGUGGGGGCGUCCUUUCAGAGGCUGUUCACGAAGGCCAUUGGGUACAUGGCAGUGCUGUGGAUCCCGCUCGUUCCGUUGUUCUGGUUCCUCCGGCGGACCAUGUCGUCUCGUGAGGGGAAGAAGUCCUCCAAGGCGGCCGACGGCCCCAAGGUGAAGUUCGCGGACGUGGCAGGCCUGGACAGUGCUAAGGAGGAGCUGAUGGAGGUGGUGCAGCUGCUGAAGAGCCCAGAGAGGUACACAAAGGUGAAUGCCAAGACGCCAUCGGGGGUGCUCCUCUGUGGCCCCACCGGCACGGGGAAGACCUUGCUGGCCCGGGCGGUGGCCGGGGAGGCUGAGGUGCCCUUCUUCUCGGCUUCGGCCUCGGAAUUCGUGGAGAUGUUUGUGGGCCGGGGCGCCGCAAGAAUACGGGACCUGUUCAAGGACGCCCGAAAGAACUGUCCUUGCAUCGUGUUCGUAGACGAGAUCGACGCUGUGGGGGGCAGGAGGGGUUACAGCUACAACGACGAGCGUGACCAGACUCUCAACCAGUUGCUGGUGGAGUUGGAUGGCUUUGAAGGCAACCCGGGGAUCGUCCUUCUCGCAGCCACGAAUCGGCCAGAUACACUCGAUCCGGCUCUGCUCAGACCCGGGCGGCUCACUCGCAAGGUGCUCGUGCCGCUGCCGGACAUCUCCGGCAGGCAGGCGAUCUUGGGUGUCCAUCUGAGGGAUGUGCCCAUGGGCAGCCAGGCCAAGAAGGAAGCCGCGGCAGAGGCAAUAGCCAGGCUGACCAACAACUUCUCAGGGGCAGACCUAGCAAACACAGUGAACGAGGCUGCCCUGUUGGCCGCCAGGGGUGGUCGAGAUUUUGUGGAGUUCGGGGACCUCGUGAUGGGGGUGCAGCGCACAUCUGGCCCAGUGAACUCAAAGGCCACAGAAAGAGGCCUGGGAAAGGUGUUGCAGAAGGGGAAUGAGUGGUUCCUCAACGCAUGGGCCAAGGCAUUGGCGGAAACACAGCAACAGCAGCCCGGGCCCCAAGCAGGAGGUUAA